AUGGGCGGCGAGCCCCAGAGAGCUGGAGUCUCGAGUGCCCUCGCGCCUCGGCGCCAACUCCCGCGCAGUCUGCGGCGCGCGUGGGAGAGCGCCGAAGCCGCCCACACGAGGCGGCGCGCGAUCCGUGGAGAAGGCCACACGUGUCUCUCUCCAUCCCUUCCACUCCUCCUCCUCCUCCUCCUCCUCCUCCUCCUCCUUCCUUUUCGUCCUCAUCCCCCCUCCCCACUUCUCUGUCGGCUGCUGCUCGUGGUGCUGCUGCUCGUGGUCCUCCUCCGCCUCCUCCUUCCCCCUUUCCCCGCGUGGCAUCUCACGCAGAAUUUCGGCCACGUUCGCAGGACCCCCCUGCGUGUCCUGGGCCGUUGCUGGUUUUUGCUCUCUGCCAGGUUCUGUGUAUCGUGCGCGGAGGUCAGGAAAGCCUCCUCGAGGGGCAGCGGAUUCUUGAGAGGUGGAUUUGUUUGCCGGAAAGAAAAAUAA